GAAGAAAUGUCAAUGAUUGGGAAUUGUGAAGGAUUCCAGCCUGUGUCUCUGAAGCAAGAGGGAGAUGACCAACCCUCUGAGACUGACCAGCUGUCCAUGGAGGGGGACCCGGGCAAGCACCCAGUGCCAAGGCAGAUUUCAAGACAGCCAAGUGUGACUGAAUCAGCACUCUACCCCAAUCCUUAUCACCAGCCUUAUAUGUCACGGAAGUACUUCGUUACACGGCCAGGUGCCAUUGAGACCGCCAUGGAAGACUUGAAAGGCCACAUAGUCAAGACCUCUGGAGAGACAAUUCAAGGCUUCUGGCUCUUGACAGAGAUAGACCACUGGAACAAUGAGAAGGAGAGGAUUUUGCUGGUCACAGACCAGACUCUCUUGAUCUGCAAGUAUGACUUCAUCAUGCUCAGCUGUGUGCAGUUGCAGCGGAUUCCCCUGAGUGCUGUUUAUCGCAUCUGCCUGGGCAAGUUUGCCUUCCCUAGGAUGUCACUGGACAAGAGACAAGGAGAAGGCCUUAGGAUCUACUGGGGGAGUCCAGAGCAGCAAUCUCUACUGUCCCGCUGGAACCCGUGGUCCACUGAGAUGCCUUAUGCUACUUUCACUGAACACCCCAUGAAAUACACUAGUGAGAAUUUCCUCAAAAUUUGCAAGUUGUGUGGAUUCACGUCUAAGCUAGUUCCAGCUAUCCAGAAUGCCCACAAGAAUUCCACUGGAUCUGGAAGAGGAAAGGGACUGACGGUGUUAACUGAACCCAUUUUGAUUGAGACGUACACGGGCCUGAUGUCAUUCAUUGGAAACCGCAACAAACUUGGCUAUUCCCUCGCCCGUGGGAGUAUUGGUUUUUGAGACUCUUUGGUGUAUAAGUAGAUCAUCCAUAGAUAUAUCAUUGAAGAUUCUG